GUCCAUCUUUUUACAUCACAUAUUAAUAAUGUACCUACGUGUUUAAGCAACGCUAUAUAUAUUUUUUUAAAUAUUAUUAAUACUCGUUUUUACUGUAAUUGAACGCAUGACAACGAAACAAACACAGCUCAGGUGUAAUAUUUUGGUUUUAACGUGAUUGAUUAUCCGUGGCGCUUUUAUAUUUUAUCGUGUCUUAUUCGCCAUUGAGUUUUUCGGCAGAGCUUCAGCUCAGAGGCAAAUGUCCACAUGCCAAGAUCAACCGGUUGAUAAUUGCUCGUUCUAUUCUGGUGCAAACGUCAAAAAUGACUCGCUCACGUGCUGGUAUUAUAUUAUGGAGUCCAACAGUGUUUUUUGUGCUUUUGCCACAACUGAGUAGCGGAUUACUGUCUGACUUCAAGAUCUGUGGAGAUGCAGAGUGUGAAAGUCUAAUGAGCAGGGUCCAGGCAAUCAGGGAUCACCGUGGAAAGGACUGUCGUUUCCUGAGUUUCCGACGAGGAGAAACCAUAUUUGUUCACCACAAACUGACUGGAAAGAGGAAUCACCUUUGGGCUGGCAGUAUGAACAAACAGUUUGGCUAUUUUCCAAAGGAAGCUGUAAAAGAGGAGCAAAAAUUUGUAACAAAGGAGAUAGUGGUUGAAACACAGGAGUCCGAUUUUCUGUGUAUGGAUGACACUGGCUAUCCCAUUGACUCUAGUCAUUUGGACACUGAGGAUGAUUAUGAUUCUGAUCUGAAGACCCUACCUGAGAAGUCUGAAAUGAGUCAAACAAGAAAAUAUACGGAUGAGACAAAAUCUGAAACUCCAACAUCUAAAGAUACCGCCUCAGAAUCUCUUAGUACAGCAGGUGAGGAGGUUGAAUAUCAGGACAAUGGUGGUCCCAAGACUAACCAGGAAUCUCCAGAAACUGCUGUGGAACUGAAGGAAAAAGGUGGGUCUCCUGCCUCUUCCUGGCUUAGUUCCUCAGUAACAGAAUGGUUUGAUGGUGGAAACUGGGACGAACCGGACAAUUCAGCUGAAGUAAAGAAGCAUUUGAUGCAGGGAGAUUAUUCACUCAUGUCUUCAGUGACAGGAUGGCUGAGGUUAGGAAAUAAAGGAAAAACUGAUUCUUCUGAAGACAGUGAAAACCAUCAACAGAAUGACAGAAAAACAGAGUCUUUUACUUCAGCCAUGACUGGAUGGCUUGGGUUUAGUGGGGAUGAAAAAGCAGAGUCUUGUGAAGAAAAGGAGUAUGAUGAUGAAAAAGAAAUGGACAUGAAAACAGCAUCAGCAGACAAUUUCAAGAGCAGGAAGCUUAAUCUCAAUUCAGAAACACAACAAAUACAAGAGAAGAUUAAUGAAAUGGGGACAUUGGGUUGGCUCGGAAAUGGACUGUCAAGAACACUGGGUUUUGGCAUAAAUGAUCAGGACACUGGAAACACAAUUCAGGUUAUUGCAGAAGAGGGGGAAAAGAUUGACAAACAGAAAGCAUCCAGCUCUUGGUUUGAUGUAGAGAUCAAGGACAUUUUAGGCUUUAGAAAAGAGAAUCCCGCUGACACUACUGAAACAGACACAAAGUCUAGCCGCAAUGUGCAAGGACAUGACAAUAGAGCUGCAUCUGUUGACAGCAAACAUCGUGAGUUAGCUGAUACAUCUCAGGUUGAUCAAAACAACAACCCUCCUCAAAACCAGAAAGUGGACAUGUAUCCUAUUCUAAAUGGUAAGGAAGGCGAAAACAAAUUUGACAUUUUAGCAAGUAAGAAUGAUGUCACCUCAAUGCCAACUUUCACAUACAUGGUAUCUAAGUCAGUAGGGCAGGUGGUGAGUGAGAUUAAGGAUUCCAAAAAAGAUCAGAUAGAAGAAAAUGAUGAUCCAGAAUUUACAAAGCAGGUUGAAAACAUAGGCACAUCUAACAUACAGUCUAUAUACGGUGCCGCUGAUGUGGAAUGUAAAGGUGAAAGGACAGUUACAGAAAUUAAGUUCGAUGAGUCUGCAAAACAAAGUCAAGUGCAAGAAAGUGGGUCUUCUCUGGAAUCUGAAACUGUAGUAAAAGAAUCAGAAAAAGAUAAGAAACAGGAGGAAGUACACACAAAAAAAGUUGAAAAUAUAGAGAAGCAGCAGAAUGUAGAAUAUACUAAGGUGGUAGUACAAAAUAAGUUUCAAGAGAAGACCCAGGGGGAGUUCAAAAAAGGGGUGAUACAAAAGAACUGGAAAGUUACUUACAAUAACACAAAUGAAGAUGAAAACUCUCUGGAAUUUGGC